AUGUCCGCGAAAGCCUCUGGCUCGAAUGCGCAGCCGAACGGCGACACAAAACACAGACAGCACACAGAUGGCAGUGAGACGAGGUCUUUUACACCUGAACAGAAAGCCGAAGUUAUUCGUAUACGAAAAUGUAGCCCGACGGCCUUCUACGAAAUCCUUGCCAUCGAAAAGACUUCCAGUGAUGGGCAAAUAAAAAAAGCAUAUCGCAAGAUAAGCCUCCUGACGCACCCGGACAAGAAUGGCUACGCCGGUGCAGACGAGGCUUUCAAGAUGGUGUCGAGGGCCUUCCAGAUAUUGUCAGACACUGACAAGAAGGCGAAAUACGACAGAUUUGGUGGCGAUCCAGAUAGCCGGUUUCCAAGUAGCAACUCGCAGUCAAGUUCUCCUUUUGGUGGUGGCUUUGCACGAUCGCCUGGAGCAGGCAUGGGAGGCCAAAACUUUUUCUAUGAGGACGAAAUAUCACCGGAGGAACUGUUCAACAGGUUUUUCGGUGGUGGCGGCGGCAUGGGAGGUGCCUUUCCAUUCGGCGCUGGCUUUGGGGGUCAACAGUUCGUGUUCAACAUGGGAGGAGGACCAGGCUUUCGAGUACAUCAGAUGGGAGGCGGCAUGCCACGAAGGAGACCGGCGGGUUCGGGUCAGACCGAGCAAGCGCCUCAAGGCCUCGCUGCAUUUACACAGCUUAUCCCGUUGUUGCUAAUAUUCAUACUACCUCUCCUGUCAUCAUUAUUCACAGGAGGGACCACAGCAGGCCCGAGCUUUCGUUUCGAUUCACCUCAACGACCAUAUACGAUGCACAGAGUUACGCCUAAUUACAAGGUCGACUAUUUCGUCAACCCCAAGGAUGUGGACGGAUACACAGACAAGAAGUUUAGAAAUUUGGAUAAAACGGCCGAGGUCGAAUACGUGACAACCUUGCAAUAUCAGUGUGAGCAUGAAUCGCAAAGGAAGCGGCAGGCUAUCGCUGACGCGACUGGUUUCUUCUUUACUGACGAAGCACAAUUGAGGGCGGCAAGGGCGAUGGCCAUGCCCGCCUGUGAACGCUUAGACGGAUUGAGGAGAAGAUAA